UGUGGAUGUAAUAAUAAAUAAACAAAUAAAUAUCACAAAUACUUCUAUAUAGUCUAAUCCAAUGCACCGUUACAACAAAAGUGGACCAUUAUCAAUGUCUUCCUCCUAUUCGAAAUUCUUCUCAUCGUUAAGACAGGUUGAAAAAAGGUUAAAAUUAGAGAACACAUCAACACCAAAAACAACAAAAUCUGAACAAGUACAAGAAAGCAACGUUGUAUCAACACUGAGUUCACCUUUGUUCCUCCAACAAAGUUGGAACCAAACAUGUCCAACCCAAGAAAACAGUGAACCUCCUCAACAAUUCCUCUCAGUUUCUCAAGGAUUCACACUGACCCAUCAACACCCUUCUCAAAUUACCACUCCUUCAGAUGAAACUCAAGAAGAAGAUGUUGAUGAAAUUGAAGGGUUAGUAAAUCUAUUAGGAAUGUCAGAGGAAAAAAGGGAUGGUUUUGAGGGUGAUGAGGGUGGUGGUGAUUGUGAUUCUUGUCACUGUGAAGGUGGGUUUUAUUCAAAGAUUGUUGGUGUGGAGGGACCAAAGUGUAAGAAAGAGGUGUUGAGGUUGGAUGGGUGGAUUAAGCAUUUUAUGAAUGAUGGGGUGGAGAAGAAAGAGCCUUUGAGGCUGGCACAUUUGCUUUUAGGGAAAGCUGCUUUUAUUUCUGGGGGUGCAGAUAGUGGUUUUGGAGAUUUGGAUUUCCCUUCAACUAUUCAAGAAUUUCUUCAUACUGAUCCUCCCAGUAAAUGAAGCAUCAUUUCACAACUCCUUAUUUUACUUUUUAAAAUUUGUUUUUACUAUUUAACUUUAUUUUAUGAUAUUCUUCUUUGUAGCUGUUGUUAUGCAAAUACACAGUGAUUUAUUUUA